UCCCUCCUUUUUUCCAGCUUUAAAUACCUCCUCCGCUCUUCCCUUUCAACUUCCCCGAUUCCAAAUCCCCAAUUGCAUAAUUGAUAAUCCACGCGCAUUAUUUCAAAAUCAAAAACCUAUCGAAAUCCGCAUAGAAAAUGGCGAGUUCGAGAGCAGAUCUGGACGGAAAUUCGAUUAAGCCGAUGACUAUAUGCAUGAUCGGCGCCGGAGGUUUCAUCGGCUCACAUUUGUGCGAGAAGCUGAUGGCGGAGACGCCGCACAAGGUGCUGGCGGUGGAUGUGUACAAUGACAAGAUCAACCACCUCCUCGAGCCUUCCUCCUCGCCUUGGGCCGAACGCAUCCAGUUCCACCGAAUCAACAUUAAGAACGACUCUCGCCUCGAAGGCCUCAUUCGCAUGGCGGAUCUUACCAUUAACCUUGCUGCUAUAUGCACUCCAGCAGAUUACAACACGCGACCUCUUGACACAAUUUACAGCAAUUUCAUUGAUGCUCUCCCUGUGGUUAAAUACUGCUCUGAAAAUAGCAAACGCCUCAUACAUUUCUCGACUUGUGAAGUUUAUGGGAAAACGGUUGGUUGCUUUUUACCCAAAGAUAGCCCUUUACGACAGGAACCUGCUAAUUACGUUCUGAGCGAAGAUACCUCCCCUUGCAUUUUUGGCCCUAUUGAGAAACAGAGGUGGUCAUAUGCAUGCGCAAAGCAGUUGAUUGAGAGGCUGAUCUAUGCUGAAGGUGCUGAGAAUGGUCUUGAAUUUACAAUUGUGCGACCCUUCAAUUGGAUUGGUCCCAGAAUGGAUUUCAUACCUGGAAUUGAUGGUCCAAGUGAGGGUGUUCCGAGAGUUCUGGCCUGCUUUAGCAAUAAUCUAUUGAGGGGUGAACCACUGAAGCUUGUGGAUGGUGGCGAAUCUCAGAGAACCUUUGUUUAUAUUAAGGAUGCCAUCGAAGCUGUUCUUUUGAUGAUUGAAAAUCCAGCCAGGGCUAAUGGUCAUAUAUUUAACGUGGGCAAUCCUAACAAUGAAGUUACGGUCAGACAGCUUGCCGAAAUGAUGACUCAGGUUUACACGAAGGUUAGUGGAGAGCCAGCACUAGCAUCACCUACCAUUGAUAUAAGCUCCAAAGAGUUCUAUGGUGAAGGAUAUGAUGAUAGUGACAAGAGAAUUCCAGACAUGACGAUAAUCAACCGACAACUUGGAUGGAACCCAAAGACAUCACUUUGGGACUUGCUUGAAUCAACUCUUACUUACCAACACAGAACAUACGCCGAAGCCGUAAAGAAAUCUACUUCAGUACCGGUUUCAAGUUAAAAAAAAAAGUACGAAAAUAAUUUUUCCUUAAUUAAGUAGUCUUGUAUCUUUUGAGAGAUCACCCCGCUACUUAUGGCUAAAGCAGUAUCCUUUUUAGGGGUGGUGGUGGUGUUAGUUAAUUUUACCUAUUCGUACCUAGUUUGCCUAAAAUGGAGCAUCUUGUAUUACUGUUUCCACAGUUUUAAGUCGAAGGUAUUUUAUAUAUUUGGUUAUUGAUUGAUAUAUUUUUUUCGUUAUGGAAUGGUUUUUGUUGUGUUU